UUCCCCUUAACCUCCUUAUCACGUAGAAUGUCCAUUGUAGGACCAUUUCAUGCACUAUUAUCCCCUAUAUAUGUAUCUUCUAUUCGGAAUACUCUCCCCACAGAUCAUUUACUUCUUUCUAUCUUCUUUAGACCAGACACUUUGUUUAUUAGUAUUUCACAUUGUCUGUUUAUCUUCUUUUCUUUCAUGGCUCUCCUUGGUUUUCUUCUUAUGGUUCUUUUGUACUCAUCUUCGAGUUAUGCUCAAGGUCCACCUUCUCCUGGCUAUUACCCGAGCUCUAGGGUUCGUUCUAUGGGUUUUAGUCAAGGCUUUCGGAGUCGUUGGGGCUCCCAGCAUCAAACUCUAGACCAGAACUCCUUAAGUAUUUGGCUUGAUAGAAGCUCAGGAAGUGGUUUCAAAUCAAUUAAUUCGUACAAAUCCGGUUACUUUGGUGUUGCUAUGAAGCUCCAAGCAGGUUACACAGCAGGAGUCAUUACUUGUUUCUACUUAUCAAACAAUGAAGCCUACCCAGGAGAUCAUGAUGAGAUUGAUCUUGAGUUCCUAGGAACAACUCCAGGCAAGCCUUAUACACUUCAAACAAAUGUGUGGAUGAAAGGAAGUGGGGAUGGAACUACUGUUACUGGGAGGGAGAUGAAGUUUCAUCUCUGGUUCGAUCCCACCAAAGAUUUUCACAAUUAUGCUAUUCUGUGGAACCCUUCUGAAAUCAUAUUUUUGGUGGAUGAUGUGCCGAUUAGAAGAUACGCGAGAAAAUCUGAUGAAACAUUUCCACUGAAGCCUAUGUGGGCUUAUGGUUCGAUUUGGGAUGCUUCAUCAUGGGCCACAGAAGGAGGAAAAUACAAAGCAGAUUACAGAUAUCAACCAUUUGUAGGAAAGUACAACAGCUUCAAGAUAGCUGGAUGUGGAACUAGUGCUCCAGCAUCUUGUCGCCCCGCCUCGGCCUCUCCGGCAAGAACUGGUGGCCUUAGUCGGCAGCAGUACGCAGCAAUGGCAUGGGUGCAGAGGAACUAUAAGGUGUAUGAUUAUUGCCAGGAUUCUAGGAGAGACCAUAAGCAUACACCUGAGUGUUAACCAGGGUUUUUUAAUUUGUGGGCGUGGGUUAAAUGAGUGAUGUAUUUGUGAUAUACUUGAAAAGUUACAGUGCGACUGGAAUGGUUUGAGACGGGGCCACUUGCUGCAAAAUGUAAGCAAGAUAAUUAGUUAGUUGAUCGUCCAAGCCUCCAAGAAAGUAUGAGGAAGUGAAAGAAAUGAUGUUUGUUUAUUUUGUUGCUUUGUACUGGAGCGUGUUGAAAUAAGGUGGUUGAUAAAUGA